AUGGACAGUGGAGAUAGGGCGAUGACAUUCUGGAACAACUUGAAAAGACGAUUAAGAUUCGGUGGGUUGGCUGCCUGUUGUGGACCUUCUUGGAACACGAGGGUAUCUGAUACGGUAGCGGAGGAAGAAGAGGAGGCCCAAUAUUACGAAGACGAGGAGGCCCAAUAUUAUGAUGAAGAAGAGCCCGUAAUGGAUGCCCAUUAUGGAGGUCGGCGGGUGAACUUAGCAAUGGUGUUCGAAGCAGAGCGAAUGGAAAGCAUGACUCCUACAAAGCAAUUCAAGACAUUAAUGAGAUUGUUCGAGGAGACAGACAAUGGAAAUGAGAAGAACAAUAACAAUAAUAUGCCACAUAGCAAAGAAGAGAGGGAGAUUAAAACUUUAAAAUAA